AUUAAAUAAAGUGACAUACAAGAUCUGUGAUCAGUCGAGAAGGAAACUUCAACGAGACAUCAUUCCUAUCUCUAUCUCUCUCUUUCUUUUUCUGUUUAAUAAAAGUAGUUAUUGAAAACGUAAACAAUAAUGGAACGCUGGGCUGGAAAAAUAGCUAUAGUUACUGGUGCAUCUAGUGGAAUGGGAUUAGCAAUAGCAAAAGCUCUUGUACAAAAUGAUGUAGUCGUGAUCGGAUUUGCUAGAAGGAAAGAGAAAAUGCAGAGCGAAAUGCAGAAUGUUAAGGGGAAAGGUAAAGGAAAGUUUUAUGCUUGUGAGUGUGAUGUUACCAAGUCCGAAAGUAUCGAACAUGCAUUCGAAUGGGUCAAGAAUAAUUUUGGAACAGUCCAUAUUCUGGUGAACAAUGCUGGGAUCUCCUCAGAUGCCAAAUUUAUGGAUUCAUCAAGACCUGAUUGGAAAAAAUUAUUCGAUGUCAAUGUGUUGGGAUUAAUUGAUUGUAGUAAACGUGCCGCUAGAAUGAUGUUAGAUUCUAACGUGGAAUGUUACAUUGUUAAUAUGAACAGUGUCUUAGGACACAACGUUGAUCUUCCGGGUUUUACACUAAACUUUUAUCCAUCGUCCAAAUUCGCUUCUGUUGCUGCUACUGAGAUCAUACAAAAGGAAUUAUAUGGUAGCAAAAUUCGAGUGACGAGUAUCAGUCCAGGAUUAGUAUCUACGAAUAUAAUGCAGGCCAAUAACUUCAACAUAAAGGAGUCGUAUAAGUCCUUGUAUGCAUUGGAACCUAAUGAUGUCGCAAAUGCCAUUAUUUACGUAAUUGGAACUCCACAACGCGUCCACAUUACAGAAUUGAUUAUUAGACCAUUCGGAGAAGUUAAGUAUGCGAUGUAUUACAUAACUUCUUCUUUUAUCUCAUUUUUAAUCACUAAUCAAACCUUGAAUAGUAGUUUCUUGCUCCCCGCUCUUCGAGUAACCAAUUACACAGUGAACAUAUUGAAAACAAAAAUGGAACGCUGGGCUGGUAAAGUAGCUAUAGUUACUGGUGCAUCUAGUGGCAUAGGAUUGGCAAUAGCGAAAGCUUUUGUACAAAAUGGAAUACUCGCGAUUGGAUUUGCUAGAAGAAAAGAGAAAAUGGAGAGCGAAAUGAAGAAUGUUAAGGGGAAAGGUAAAGGAAAGUUCUAUGCUUGCGAAUGUGAUGUUACCAAGCCCGAAAGUAUCGAACAAGCAUUCGAAUGGGUCAAGAAUAAUUUUGGAACAGUCCAUAUUCUGGUGAACAAUGCUGGGGUCGUCUCAAAUGUCAAAUUUAUGGAUUCAUCAAGACCUGAUUGGCAAAGAUUAUUCGAUGUCAAUGUGUUGGGAUUAAUUGAUUGUACUAAACGUGCCGCUAGAAUAAUGUUAGAUUCUAACGUGGAAGGUUAUAUUAUUAAUAUGAACAGUAUUGCAGGACACUAUCUAGAUGUUUUCCCAGGUUGUAGUCUUAACUUUUACCCAGCAUCUAAAUUCGCUUCCGUUGCUGCUACUGAUAUCACACAGAAAGAAUUAUAUGGUAGUAAAAUUCGAGUGACGAGUAUCAGUCCAGGAUUAGUAUCUACGGAAAUCUUCGAUGCAAAUAACGUAAACAUCCUUAAGGAUCUGCCAGCGUUAGAAGCUGAUGAUAUCGCAAAUGCUGUUAUUUAUGUAAUUGGAACUCCACAACGCGUUCAUAUUACUGAAUUGAUAAUUAGACCUUUUGGAGAAGUUAAAUAUUAGUGUUAAACAUGAAAUAAUAUAUAAUUUUAUAUAUUAAUUUUGAUAGAUUAAAAAUUAUAUCACUGAAGAAAAAACA